AUGGCACUUCGUCCUUCCUCUGCUCCACAGCGCGUCCCUCUGCCGUCUCCUCCUGCGUCCUCUCUUCCUGAGAUUCCUGACCCUGAGUCUGAUUGUGUUCGUGUUGCGAGCCCCACUAUCACGCGUCUCCAGGAAACUGUUGUCACUGACUUGUCAUUUGAGUCCACUGCUGCGUCUGCUUUAGUCGCUGAGCUUAUCAACUUUACUGCUGCGUGUCGUCUAGACUACGCCGCCAGUCUUGUUGCAGAGUCUGAGUCUGUCUGUCCUCCGUCAGUCGGGGGUGAGUGUGCUCUUAGCACGGACGUCCUUGAGGACAGGCAGGAGGACUUUGAGUCUCUUGCGGCUGUUAUACCUCAUCUCGUGGCCUGGCUGCUUGCACCUGAGGGAGACCCAGAUGCACUGGACAUCCCGACCCCGCGCUCUUACACAGAGGCGAUCUCGGGUCCCUACUCCUCUCAGUGGCAGACACCCAUAGAUGCAGAGAUGGCAUCCUGGAAUUCCACAGGCACCUACGUCGACGAGGUUCCCCCUCCUGGGGCGAACAUAGUCGAUGGCAUGUGGAUUUUCAGGGUGAAGCGGCCGCCGGGUUCUCCGCCUGUCUUCAAGGCUCGUUACGUUGCACGAGGCUUCAGUCAGCGGCAGGGAGUUGACUUCUUCCAGACCUUCUCCCCCACCCCGAAGAUGACCACUCUUUGGAUAUUGCUACACGUUGCCGCUCAGCGUGACUACGAGCUUCACUCUCUUGACUUAAGCAAAUCUUUCUUGCAGGGCAGCGUGCACGAGGAGAUCUGGCUGCGCCGCCCACCUGGCUUCACUGGGUCGUUCCCUCCUGGUACCCAGUGGAGCCUCCGGCGGCCAGUCUACGGUCUUCGCCAGGCGCCUCGUGAGUGGCACGACACACUGAGGACGACACUUGUGGCUCUUGGGUUUACUCCCUCCACUGUUGACCCGUCGCUGUUUCUUCGCACCGACACUUCUCUGCCGCCGUUCUGUAUCAAUUGA